CUUCCCCGUCUGACCGUCCACCUUCAACCUCCGUCGGACUCGAACUCACCUCCGAUUCGUCUCCUUCUUUUAUCCGAUCCGUCGAGCCUCGCAGCGGAUGGCCGAUGGUGGCGGCGCUGCCUCCUCCUAAGUGAUGCUAUAAGAGAUGUUGAUGAUGAUGCCAAGGUUAACGAUUUCGAGGUCUCUGAGAAGAAGAGGCGGUAGAAACAAAAAGCUGGGAUUUGCUCAAAGGGGGCGAGGGAAUAGUUGUUAGUGGAGUCAAAAUGAUCGGGAGUUUUAUAACCAGCAGCCUUGCGUUGAUUCUUGGAUAUGCUUAUCCGGCCUAUGAAUGCUUCAAAACCGUGGAGUUGAACAAGCCCGACAUUGAGCAGUUGCUGUUUUGGUGUCAGUACUGGAUUUUAGUUGCUGCCCUGACUGUCUUUGAGAGAGUGGGAGACAGUUUUAUUUCAUGGUUACCUAUGUAUGGCGAAGCAAAGUUGGCAUUCUUCGUGUAUCUCUGGUACCCAAAAACAAAGGGAACAGCAUAUGUUUAUGAAACUUUCUUUCGACCAUAUGUCGCAAAGCAUGAGAAUGACAUAGAUCGCAACUUGCUUGAGCUGAGAACCAGGGCUGGGGAUAUUGUAGUCCUCAAUCUCCAGAAGGUUGCAAGCUAUGGCCAGACAAGGAUUUUUGAAAUUCUGCAAUAUGUUGCCUCUCAAUCACCCUCACAAUCAUCAAGAACUCGCCCUGCUCAGCAGCAAGCACCACAACAGAUCGGUCGAACAACAUCAACAGGAACUUCUUGUGAGCCCACUGAGCAACUUAGGCAACCUAAAAUUGUACCUUCCAGUCCCACAAGGAGGCAACCUCAAAAACCCUUAAAGGCAGGUGUUCCUCCACCACAGUCUGUUGCCCAGCUCCCAUCUUCAUCCGGCCUUCCCAUUCAACCCAAUCCUGCAACCAGUGACCUUCAGCCGCCAACAAGCAAAAGGGAAGGAUUGCAGGUUGGAGCGGCCAAUGUCAUGGACAAGGAGAAACCUGAGGAUGACCCUAAUUGUCCCGUCCAAGAGACACCUAUUGAAGAGGCUAUCCGUGUGACCCGUUCCAGACUGAGAAAGCGAGCUGCUACUUCUGGUCCUUCAGCCCCUUAAGACUAUUCCUUGAUUUUUCAUCCAUAUUGGGAAAUGAUGUUGAGACUGCUGUAAAUAACUUGGAAACAUCGUGAGACUGCUGUUAGCAGACAAGUAGACUGUGUUCUUUGAUUGUUUCAGCAAUGAAGAUGCUUGGUGACAUUAUAAUGAAGCAAAGGAUCGUCUCCAGAGGCGGAAAGGAGUCCUGAGGAGCACAAAUAUGACAGUUUGAGGAUCAACAAACUGGGAAAGAACGUGUGAUACAAAUGUAGCGAUGGACGAUCUGCUUUCUCAUGAAUCAAACUCAUUAACUAUUUGGAGUUUGUGAUUGUGUGGGUUUCUUCUAUAGGUAGCACUGCUGCCGAAUGCUUGUUUGCUUUACUGUGCCUUUUAAUUGAUUUCCAUAUUGCGCUAUUAAUUAGCACAUCGAA